CUGAGUCUCGCGAUGCACAACAUGCAAGACUUCGUAUGAUGGAGGAUGGAUGGAUGCAUCUUGUUAAGUGUGUCUUGGUGAUCUAUAAGAAGCACAGAGGCUAUGUCGUGUUGUGAUCCUUCGUUUGUGCAUGUGAAGCUCAACAUCAGCAGUGUCUCUUGAAAGUGUCAUGAUAUGCUUUUACAUCCAUGACGGUCUGAAUAAUAUCCCUACGCGGGCGUUACACAACCCAUAAUUUCUCCUCGCCUGUGGUUGCACUCUCACAGGCUCAGCAUGGUCUGAUCAAGACAGACGUCAACCGGAUCGAAAGAUCGUAUUAUCCGAAGAUCUUAUCUGGUUGUGGUCCUAAUUUCAGGAGACUAUGACCAUCGCAGAUCUACAUGUAACCGUUGCUUUCCAGGCUCUUCUCUCCAGCUCGAUCCGCGGUUACCACAAGACAAAUUUGUAACGUUUGCUAACAUCUGCCACACCCGUGACCAGCCGGGCGCUCAUGGCGCGUAUGGUAAACGCCGUAAUCCAUAAAGUAGCCAAGGUAGUCAGCAGUAACGUAGGCUUCGACGGGAGUUUCGCAGUGGUUCUCGUUAGUUCUAACGGUAAUGCUCGCUGACAGCAAAAGUGAUCCGCAGCUGGGACAGGCUAAGGUCUAGGCCGAAGUCAGCACUGGAGUCUGAAGCCAUUUGCUUUUCCUCCGCCUCAUAUCAUCUCGCAGAUCAGCCAGUAAGGAUGUCUCAGAUGUGCUGACAGCGCACGCCUCCCAUCCACUCACGCUUCGCAAAAUUGAACGAACUCUGGCAUGGAUGUCGCGUAAACGAGAACAACAAAUAAUAUUUGAAGCCUCGUGAUCUUAUAGUCAUGACGAACAAAGACAGGCUGCCCUCCUUGAUGAUGAUUGUGCCUCCUCCACAUGACGCUCAUCAAUCGACUCCCGCUCCUAAAAUAACAAUUACAGGGAAUUGUUGCGGGCUAGUAUCGUCGUUCACACAUUCCAGAAGGCCGCGUGGUAGGAUCGAUCACUGGAGCCGUCUUGACCCCAGUAGAGAGCGACAACACUCCCUGGUUCAGUUGACACAAGGCAAGGUGAGCCUGAAAUGUUGCUGGUGGAGUUUGAACACCCCUGAGAAUACCACAAGAGAGAUUGUUAAUGGCGUUCAUCAUCACUGGAAUUGCAUUCUUUACUUGCUUGUCGAUGGCGUAGGGUAGAGGGUCCUGAAAUGACGAUUUUAAAAGAUAUUGGCCACAUGCUGUCUUGCCCAGACUUUUGCUCAUGUCUCGAUCCCUUCAAAUUGUCUUGGAAAUCCCUAUAAAAGUCGCCAUCAUGAUGAGACGGAACUGGGGCCGCCAACAUCUUCAAUGACCCGAGCACCAGUCAAUUGGUCAUCUAGCUCUCAACAUCAGGGAAGCCGAAGUUGAAGCAGAAACAUGUCUCAAGCCUUGCAACACAAAACCAGACUCCAGAGAGAGACAGAGGCCAUGAAUUGGUAUUCACACAGUACGGGACAUAAAAUGGAGCAUAAAAGUAAACAAGCCUUUUGUAUGACCCGCUGUGUCGUCCCUGUCUGUGCGGGUUAGUCUAGCAUUAGGGGAUGCCAUUUGAGGAACAACUGGUUGGUUACUGGGUCAGAGUUGACAAGGGGUUUCUUUUUUAGGGGUCUACUAUAGAGAGAGCUACCGUUAUUAGUCCAUCUGUCCGUCUCCUGAUGGAUGAUGCAGUCAUCAACAAAACAACUGGACUUUGGGUCCUCCGCUGACAGACGGGACGGAUUUCAACAAGAAGCUGAGAGGAAUGCUUAUUACAAGACAUGGUCUCAGUUAUAAUUGUCAUGGCUGACCGUUUGUGGCGUGUAAUUAAUAAGCUAGAUGAGAUGGACAGAGCCCUGAGCCACCACCAGGUCUUUUAUUAAAAUUGUGGCAUUCGAUCUCAUCAUGGUUGAAAAAUUCAAUUAGUUGUCCGCAAGUGCAGUUUCAGAAACCGUUAAUUCCCAUGUAUGAGGAAAUGCGCGAACUUUAAUUGGCACUUGAAUGUACUCCUGAGUGGUUUUUAAUGCAAAGAAAUGCCACUCAUCGCAGACUUCAGCUGAAGUGCCGAAUUGCUUCAAAUGAUUCAAGAAGACCAAUGUUUACAUCUCGCUUUGUGACUGAAUGUUUUGAUCUAAUGGUUGAGGUCAUUAAGCACAUCGCUCACAGGGCUAUCAUCAUCUACCAUGCAUUAUUUAUUACUAAUGACGCUUCAAAGUCUCACUCUCACCAAAUACUGCCAAGAGCCAGACGAGGCGAGGCGAAAACAGAGGCAAAAAACAAAAGAGACAGAGAUAGAUCCAGGGGGAAGAUGUUGGAGCUUUCCGGGAGUGCCGUGUGGCUAUGGGCAGGGAAAAACCUCGUAUGGCGUCCAUU